AUCCUGAAAAAGUCGUACAAGGUCAGUUUCGUUUCGUCGAUUUAUGAACUUGCUCGAGUGGUGGAAACCUCAAGUAACACAGGAGUGAACAAAGCCCAACUAGUAUCGACGCACGAUGGCCGAGUCAUAGUGCCUGUAUAUGACUGGUGUACUUUUCUGGGACAAUAUUUCAAAAAAAUCACGAACAUAAAAAAAUACCAUCACUUCAGAUUUUCCAAGGAUGAACCAAGUGUCGUUUACUGCCGAGAAUAUUUGACAUCUCCGGAACAAGCGUGUGUGUUACUUAAGGAUGGUGCUGUAAUCCCACCAGUUUCAGUCCUUCCGCAGAAGAUUAAUCCAGAAGGAUUAAGUGACGAACGCAGAAAUUAUUUGCAUCGAGAAAUAAGGCAGUUUUGUAAGCCUGGAACUGAAGAUUUAGUUGCACCAGUUCCAUGA